AUGCAAGGCUCGAUUUUUCCAGCACGGUUUUCCCUUGGGCUUCAGGCUCUCCCGCUGGUGCAGCUCCGGGUGGUUUGGGUGUGGAGCUACGCCAGCCUCCACCCGCUCAGGAUCCGGCCCUGGAAGCUGUGGAGUUGCAGUCACAGUUGGAGCAGGGCUGUCUUGGUGUCCCAUCUCUGUCCCCCUCUCCCGCCUCCGCUGAACCCCAGCUCCUCGCCCGGAGGAAGGGUGCACGUUGUGGGCAUCUCCCAUCCACCGAAAUCUAUGAUCAGCUCGGUGUGUGUCUCCUCCUACCGUGGACGCAAGUCGGGGAACAAACCACCCUCCAAAACAUGCCUGAAGGAAGAGAUGGGCAAAGGGGAAGAGUCGGACAAGAUCACCAUCAAUGUAGGUGGCACCCGGCAUGAGACCUACAAAAGCACCCUACGGACUUUGCCGGGCACCCGCCUGGCCUGGCUGGCUGACCCCGAUGCCCAGAGCAACUUUGACUUUGAUGGCAAAAGCAACGAGUUCUUCUUCGACCGUCACCCCGGGAUCUUCUCCUACGUGCUCAACUACUACCGCACCGGGAAGCUGCACUGCCCCGCGGACAUCUGCGGGCCCCUCUUCGAGGAGGAGCUGACCUACUGGGGCAUCGACGAGACGGACGUGGAGCCCUGCUGCUGGAUGACCUACCGCCAGCACCGCGACGCCGAAGAGGCCCUGGAUAUCUUUGAGAGUCCCGAGCCUGGUGGAGGGGCUGGCGGAGAGGAGCCUGAAGAGGAAGGGGGUAGGGAGAUGGCCCUUCAGCGCCUGGGCAUGGAUGACAGGCCCCCAGGGGCGGCGGGGGCUGCUGGAGGGGGUGGCUGCUGCCGGAAUUGGCAGCCCAAGAUGUGGGCGCUCUUUGAGGACCCCUACUCGUCCAAGGCGGCAAGGGUGGUUGCUUUCGCCUCGCUUUUCUUCAUCCUGGUCUCCAUCACAACCUUCUGCCUGGAGACGCACGAGGCCUUCAACAUUGAUGUCAACGUGACGGAGACCCUGGUGGUCGGCAACACCACGACGGUCCUGCUGACACACAAAGUGGAGACGGAGCCCAUUCUCACCUACAUCGAAGGGGUCUGCGUGCUCUGGUUCACCCUCGAGUUCCUGGUUCGCAUCAUCUGCUGCCCAGAUAAGCUUCUCUUCAUUAAAAACCUGCUCAACAUCAUUGACUUCGUGGCCAUCUUGCCCUUCUACCUGGAGGUGGGUCUCAGUGGCCUGUCCUCCAAAGCUGCCCGGGACGUGCUGGGCUUCCUACGGGUGGUGCGCUUCGUCCGGAUCCUCCGGAUCUUCAAGCUGACACGGCACUUUGUGGGUCUCCGGGUGCUGGGCCACACGCUCCGGGCCAGCACCAACGAAUUCCUGCUCCUCAUCAUCUUCCUCGCCUUGGGGGUCUUGAUUUUCGCCACUAUGAUCUACUACGCCGAGAGGAUCGGAGCCAAGACGUCCGACCCCACCGGGAGCGACCACACUCACUUUAAGAACAUCCCCAUCGGGUUCUGGUGGGCCGUGGUCACGAUGACGACCCUGGGCUAUGGUGACAUGUACCCCAAGACCUGGUCGGGGAUGGUGGUGGGGGCCCUGUGCGCCCUGGCCGGGGUGCUGACCAUCGCCAUGCCCGUGCCCGUCAUCGUCAAUAACUUUGGGAUGUACUAUUCAUUGGCCAUGGCCAAGCAGAAGCUGCCAAAGAAGAAGAAAAAGCAUAUACCCCGUCCGGCCCCGCUGGACUCCCCCACCUAUGGCAAAUCCGAGGAGAACUCCCCCCGGAACAGCACCCAGAGCGACACGUGCCCGUUGGCAGUAGAGGAGGGGGCGACUGAGCGGAAGCGGUCAGACUCCAAGCAGAACGGUGAGGCCAACGUGGUGCUGUCGGAUGAGGAGCAGCCGCUGUCCCCGACGGACGAGGAGAAGCGGCCAAUGCGGCGCUCCAGCACCCGGGACAAGAACAAGAAAUCCUCCACGUGCUUCCUGCUGGCCACGGGGGACUUCUCGUGUGCAGCGGAUGGAGGCAUCCAGAAAGAUUCCUGCCAGGACACCCUCGCUUCCAGUUACCCCCAGGGUGAGGUGGUCACCUUCUCCUGAGCCCCAGCUGGAUGCAGGCAGCACCCUGGCACGGGAUGCCUUCUCCGAGGGGGAGGGAUGUGUAUCCCGAGGGAUGCUCUCCCUUAGGCCAAGGGAUGCUCUUCCUAAGGCUAAAGGAUGCAUUCCCCCAGGGAUGUCCUCCCCAAAGCCCAGGGAUGCUUUCCCUCAGGCUGGGACAUGCAUUCCUCUAGGGAUGCUCUCCCUGGGGCCAAGGGAUGCUCUUCCCAAGGGAGAUGCUCUCCCCAGGGCUGAGGGAUGCUCCCCCCAAAGCCCAGGGAUGCUCUCCCCAAGGCCGGGACGUUCAUUCCCCCAGGGAUGCUCCCCCAAGGCCGAGGGAUGCUCUUUCCCCAAAGCUCCAGCUCCAUCCCUGGGAGGGGGGGUGGCAGCUGGGUCCCCCCAAGAGGUGCCACAGAGCAGCAGGGCCGGGAGGGAGGUUGGGGACAGCCCCAUUCCCCUUCCUGGUGCCAGCCCUGCCACGGCCAUGCUGCCCCAGCACCCCCAGGGCUGCCCCCUCCCCUUGCCCACGCUUUCGGCUGCACCUCACCCCCCACCUCUGGAGAUCCAGCUGCUCACCGGGACAUCUCCACCCGCGGCUGCGCCCGUGCUCUGACCCCUCCAUCGUCACACGGCCACCCGGAACCCUCCCCCGGGGUGCCAAAGGCUCCGCUCCAGGUGCCACCAUCGCCCCCUCCCACGGGGCCUGAGCCCACGGGCACGCAGGGCCGAGCGGGGCGGUCGGGGUGCGGGGAUGGGGAUGGGAAGCAAUAGGAGACCGAGGUGUGGGGAUCCCGGCUGGCCUGGAGGGGUCAGGGUCCUUCCAACGCUGUUCCAUAUCUCUGUGACCAAGGCAAUACUACUCCUGUCUCCGUCUGUCCUGUUCGCAUGCCUGUCCAACGUGUAGAGUUCCAAUAAAGACAUCCACGAGCUGAGUCAGCUCCCGUA